AUGAUUCGAGGCAUUUUCAAUGGAUUUGUGAUGAUUGGAAUGGUAUCAGCCAGUUGUUUUGUUUGCUCCUCUCCAAAUAUUGAGAACCACUAUGGCUCAUUCUUUGACAAUCCACGAGAAAUCCAAUCUGCUUAUAUCGGACGAGCCAUCGACUGUGAAAAGAAUGAAUUUAAAACUCAGGAUUGCCCUGGCCCGUGUUUUUCAUUGAAUGUUUCCAGCUCAUCAAUCGACUCAGAUUUCGGAACUUCUUACGGCUGCUCAACAGGAAUCAUACCCGACGAUGUGGACACUGACGAGCAAUGCUCCACAAAAACUAUUCCAAUACGAACAUCUCCAAUAUAUUCAGUGACAGCAACAUACUGCUUGUGUUCUGAAAAUAACUGUAAUCCACCGAUUCAUCCCGUCAUUCGGAGAAGAUCGAAACCGCUGAAAAGUAGUGGAAAAACUGUUUAUUUCGCCAAUCAACAGGAGGAAUCUAAUGGAUCAAUAAAUCGAAAAGGUGUUUUGAUUGCAGCAAUUCUUAUGAUUGUAGUUGUUUUGAGUUUAUGA